GCAAGUGGUGUCAACGAUUUUAGAUGUGCUUGAAUUGAGACAGCAGUCGCUGCUAAGAUGUACUUGACUACACUGAGAAAAUGCAUGCCAACCAGCGUGCAAUGGCUUGCGCGUACAUUUUGAGACCAACUCAAGACGACUGUGUGAUGAAUAGAGAGGAUCACAUAACUUCAGUCACAUGAUAUGUUUUCUGCGAGGUUGUGGAACAGCGACGGAUCAAUGGGCAACAGCACAUCAGGGCACAGGUCUUGGAGGGGGGACCCCGUGGGAAAGACAGUUGUGUUUAAACGGAAUGAGCCACCAGGAAUAACAUAUAGGAUCCCAGCUCUUAUUUACAUCAGCGAAAAACAGACAUUUUUGGCAUUUGCAGAGAAGCGCACCUCCUCCUGUGACCAUGAUGCAAAGCUUCUCGUUAUGAGAAGAGGUACACUGGACAACACAACUAUUGAGUGGUUACCUAUCCAGGACUUGAAGACCGCAUGCCUUCCGGAGCACCGCACCAUGAACCCAUGUCCUGUUUUCGAAAAGAACACACAGUCUCUGUUUUUAUUUUUCAUCUGUGUCUUGAAGAAAACCACAGAGCACCAUCAGAUAUGCACGGGCAAGAACAGGGCUCGCCUCUGUUAUGUCACCAGCUCUGAUUACGGCCAGAGUUGGAGUGAUGUGAAAGACCUGACGGAGAGUGUGAUUGGGAAGAGCAUUCGAAAAUGGGCGACCUUUGCAGUCGGACCAGGGCAUGGCAUUCAAACAAAGAGCGGAAGGCUCAUCAUUCCAGCUUACGUGUUUUACAUUCAUCACAAAUGUUUCUGUUAUCCUCUGCCAUGCUCAGUCCAGCCUUAUGCGUUGUCAUUCUACAGCGAUGAUUGUGGUAAGACGUGGCAGGUAGGAACAAGAAUGCAGAUGAAGUCAUGUGAGUGUGAAAUGGCUGAAGUCAUGGACCAUGAAGGUAGAAGUUAUUUGUAUUGCAAUGCCCGUAACACCAGUGGCCACAGAGUAGAGGCUAUAAGUGAGGACAAUGGUGUAGACUUUACUCGGGCCCAUCUUGCACGCAACCUAGUGGAGCAGCCUCAUGGAUGUCAAGGUAGUGUAGUUGCUUUUAAAGUACCAACAUAUGUGUCGGAGGUGAGCGGUGAGGGGAUGUGGUUGUUGUACACUCACCCGACUGAUAGGAGAAAAAGAAGGGAUCUUGGUGUUUACUUGAACCGUUCUCCUCUGCGUACGUCCAAGUGGGAGGAGCCCUGGAUCAUUCAUCAGGGCCCCAGUGGUUACACAGAUUUGGCUUACUGUGAGGACAAAGAUGUAUUCGCCUGUCUCAUGGAAUGUGGUGAGGAGAGUGAACUUGAGGAGAUUGCCUGUUGCCUGUUUGAUCUCAGAAAUAUCAUGGAAACCUGAGAAAUAUUUCUUUUUUUUUUACAUUUUCUACUGAUAUAAAGUCUUCCCUGCAAGAAUGGCAAAGGUUCAGAAAUGAUCACUCUGGAAGGGAAGAUAUUAUAACACUGUUAGUUUAACACUGUUAUAUAGCCUGUUGUUAUUCAAAUAUGCACAGAUUUUUUUUAAUGGAGUUCAAAUGAGAGUUAUGUCUGCUGUUAACUUACUGGAUUUAGAUUCAGUGAAAUCUAAAUGUAAAUAUUAGUACACACUUGGAAACACACCUCUUGCAUUCCUUCGCAUAUGAUUUAUCUGUGAAAGAAUCUAAUAAGGUGUUAUUUUUCACUUUGCUUGUAGCGCCAACAAUUAGGUUAUCCAAUGAUGAAAUGCCUUAUGUUAUGCCUUGAUGAAAUAAAGAAUACUAAAUAGUCUUUGUUAA